AUGGCGGUGGCGACGCUGGCGGCGGUGGCUCGGCUGGGGCGCCGGCUGAGUGGGCUGGGGCCGGGCCGCGGACACUGGACAGCGGCCGGACGCUCGCGGAGCCGGCGCGAGGCGGCGGAGGCCGAGGCGGAUGCGCCAGUGUUCCAGUAUGUGGGCGAGCGUGCGACUCGCGCCGACCGAAUCUUCGUGUGGGGCUUCAGCUUCUCCGGGGCGCUGGGAGUGCCCACCUUCGUGCUGCCCGGCUCCGGACCUCAGCCCCGCGCCGGCUCGCGGCCGCGCCGCAGGAUCCAGGCCGUGCCCUACCGCCUGGAGCUGGACCAAAAGAUUUCAUCUGCCGCCUGUGGAUAUGGAUUCACGUUGCUCUCUUCUAAAACCAAGGAUAUUACGAAAGUUUGGGGUAUGGGGCUCAACAAAGAUUCCCAGCUUGGAUUUCACAGGAGCCGGAAAGAUAAAACGAGGGGAUACGAGUACGUGCUGGAGCCCUCGCCCGUGCCGCUGCCACUGGACAGGCCCCAGGAGACGCGGGUGCUGCAGGUCUCCUGUGGCAGAGCCCACUCGCUCGUCCUGACGGAUGGUGAAGGAGUCUUCAGCAUGGGGAAUAAUUCUUACGGGCAGUGCGGAAGAAAGGUGGUCGAGAAUGAAAUUUAUAGUGAAAGUCACAGAGUUCAUAGGAUGCAGGACUUCGAUGGACAGGUGGUCCAGGUUGCCUGCGGCCAGGACCACAGUCUGUUCCUGACGGAUCAAGGAGAAGUGUAUUCUUGUGGAUGGGGUGCGGACGGGCAGACAGGCCUGGGUCACUACAAUAUCACCAGCACGCCCACCAAGCUGGGCGGAGACCUGGCUGGAGUGAACGUCGUCCAGGUGGCCACCUACGGGGACUGCUGCCUGGCCGUGUCAGCCGAUGGCAGCCUCUUCGGCUGGGGCAACUCUGAGUACCUGCAGCUGGCCUCUGUCACCGACUCCACACAGGUGAACGUCCCCCGGUGCUUGCCCUUCUCAGGAGUAGGGCGGGUGAAGCAGGCUGCGUGUGGGGGCACAGGCUGCGCGGUGUUAAACGGAGAAGGACAUGUUUUCGUCUGGGGCUACGGAAUUCUUGGGAAGGGACCAAACCUCUUGGAAACCGCUCUUCCAGAAAUGAUUCCACCCACUCUCUUUGGCCUGGCGGAGUUCAACCCAGGAGUCCAGGUCUCCCGCAUUCGCUGCGGGCUGAGCCACUUCGCCGCCCUGACCAACCGAGGAGAGCUGUUUGUGUGGGGCAAGAACAUCCGAGGGUGCCUGGGAAUCGGUCGCCUGGAAGACCAGUACUUCCCAUGGAGGGUGACUAUGCCUGGGGAGCCCGUGGAUGUGGCGUGUGGCGUGGAUCAUAUGGUGACUCUGGCCAGGUCCUUCAUCUGAACCUCCUCCUCUAUCUGCUGGAGCCCAGGACCGCCUGGCCUGCUCAGCCAGGGCAGCGCGGGGCUCUGGGUGGGGCCCGAGAGGGUCAGGGCCCUCCGUGCGCUGGGCCGCACUCCCCACAGCCUGGAGCGGGGUGACUAGAAGUGCCGGAGGCGGUCCCGCCUCUAGCCCAGGGUGAGGUGCUUGGCACAGACUCUGCCCCUGGGCUGAGUGGCCCUAGCAGGGCAAGGACGAUCUGUUUCAUCUCAGCUCCUUCCCAGGGACACACGGUGGCAUCUGCUGUCUGGUCUUCAGAGAGCUUAUCCGCUCAGCCAUCUCUGCGUGCUGCUGGGACGCUAGCUGACAGCCCUGCGCGGGCGUUCUCCCUGGAAAUGCCAGUGGGCACCAGCCUGGAACCCUGUGGCCCUACAACAGUCACCUGCCUUGAAACACUUCUUCCUGCCUGGCUCAGAAGACUUGAGAGGCCCCUUGGGAAGAUGAGCAAGGCCAGAUUUCUGCGGGCCAAGGGCUUUGAACAGAAUCCACGAAAGCUUGGCUGGAGCGCUUGCCUUGGAGAAGGAAAACUCAGAUGGUGAAAAACGUUUGCGUUAGUAACGUAACAUGUCCUUUUCUUUAACAUCUCUUAAAAGUCUUUUUUGGAAUAAAGUCUAUUUUCUGCCUUUUCAUUUG